UGAUUGGCCGGAGCUCCUCAGCGGGGUAAGCUAUGUUGUUGCGGGGCUGUCAGACUCAGAACCGAAAGCAAACUAACGUGACAGGAAUGGAGAGAAGGGGAAAGGGAAACUAGACAGUGUCAGGUCUCUCGGUUCUCUGCUGCCGGGCUGCAUUCUCUGGAGGGCGAGUGGAAAGGAGACGGAGCUCAAAGGCCGAGUUUAGCCUCCUGUCAGAAAGCCUGGACGGGCAGAUUUUUCCAUGGUUCGUGUUAAACACUGUGGGAAACAAGAUGCGGGAGGGCAGCUUGCGGGAGUGUAGACACGUUAUAAGGCAGUAAACAGCAGCAGCAUGGCGCACUUUGACACAGAGUACCAGCGCCUGGAGGCUUCCUACAGUGACUCCCCUCCAGGAGAGGAAAACUUGCUGGUCCAUGUACCUGAGGGCUCCAAAUCUCAAUGGCACCACAUAGAGAACUUGGAUCUCUUCUUUCAAAGAGUCUAUAAUCUUCAUCAGAAGAAUGGAUUCACCUGCAUGCUUUUGGGAGAGAUCUUUGAGCUUGUACAAUUGGUGUUUGUGGUGGCAUUCACCGUGUUUCUGGCCAACUGCGUGGACUAUGAUAUCCUCUUUGCCAACAAGUUUGUCAAUCAUACUGACUCUUCUAAGGUGACCCUUCCCGAUGCAUUUCUUCCAGUGGAUGUGUGCAGUGCUCGGAUCCGUGAUAAUGUCUUUGUUAUUUUCAUCAUGGUGAUCUCAGGGGUCUUCUGGCUCCACCGGCUAAUAAAAUUUAUAUACAACGUCUGCUGCUACUGGGAGAUCCGAUCAUUCUACAUCAAUGCUCUGAAAAUGUCAAUGGCAGACCUUCCUUAUUUCACAUGGCAAGAAGUGCAAGCACGGAUCAUCGAGAUCCAGAAAGAGCAUCAGAUCUGCAUACACAAGAAGGAGCUGACUGAGCUAGACAUUUAUCACCGCAUACUGCGCUUUAAAAACUAUAUGGUGGCUAUGGUGAACAAGUCCCUGCUGCCCAUCCGCUUCCGCUUACCGUUUCUGGGAGACUCUGUCUUCUACACUCGCGGUCUGAAGUACAACUUCGAGCUGAUCUUUUUCUGGGGGCCGGGCUCUCUUUUCGAAAACGAGUGGAGUCUGAAGUCAGAAUACAAACGCGGGGGAAACCGGUUAGAGCUGGCCGACCGCCUGAGUUCCAGGAUUUUGUGGAUCGGUAUUGCAAAUCUGCUCCUGUGUCCAGUCAUUCUAAUUUGGCAGAUACUCUAUGCCUUCUUCAGCUACACUGAGGUGAUCAAACGGGAGCCCGGCAGCCUCGGGGCACGCUGCUGGUCUCUGUACGGCCGCUGCUACCUGCGUCACUUCAAUGAGCUGGACCAUGAGCUGAUGUCACGUCUCAGCAAGGGCUACAAGGCCUCCUCUAAGUACAUGAACUGCUUCAUGUCCCCGCUUCUCACAGUGGUGGCUAAGAACGUGGCAUUCUUUGCUGGCUCUAUACUAGCUGUGCUUAUUGCUUUGACAAUCUAUGAUGAAGAUGUACUGGCUGUGGAACAUGUGCUCAGCAGCAUCACACUCCUGGGAGUUGGCAUAACCAUCUGCAGGUCAUUUAUUCCUGACAAGCAUAUGGUGUUUUGCCCAGAGCAGCUGCUCAAAGUGAUCCUAGCGCACAUCCAUUACAUGCCGGACCACUGGCAAGGCAAUGCUCAUCGUUAUGAGACCAGAGAUGAGUUUGCCCAGCUCUUCCAGUAUAAAGCUGUCUUCAUUCUGGAGGAGCUUCUGAGUCCUGUCAUCACGCCCUUCAUCCUCAUUUUCUGCUUGCGCCGAAAAUCGCUAGAAAUAAUAGAUUUCUUCAGGAAUUUCACCGUUGAGGUGGUGGGUGUGGGAGACACCUGUUCUUUUGCUCAGAUGGAUGUCCGUCAGCAUGGGCAUCCAGCGUGGAUGUCUGCAGGGAAAACCGAGGCUUCUAUUUACCAGCAGGCCGAGGACGGCAAGACGGAGCUUUCACUUAUGCACUUCGCCAUCACUAACCCGCAAUGGCAGCCACCCAGAGAGAGCACUCAUUUUAUCAGCCAGCUGAAAGAGAAAGUGCAUCGGGAGGCCACAGGGGGGCAGCCAGGGAAUGCACCUGAAAACCAUGCUUUCACUUCAACCCACUCUCUACAGUCAGAGUCUGAGCCUCGAAGUCUAAUUGCUAACCUCCUGGUAGGACCACCGUCUUUAGCCUCCCUGCACCUGGGCAGAGAGGGCUCCAUAAUCAAUCAUUUGUCCAUCGGUGUGAGUGAGGGGGCAUCUGCCCUGCGCUCGCUCUCCCCCCUCAGCACCAGCAUUCACAUGCGGGGCAGUUUCCCCUCCUCCCGGCUGCCCCGACCAGACCACCCUGCUGUGGCAGCAGGACGAGCCAUGGCAGGAUCAGGGACGGAUGCCCGGACCAUCAGCUCAGGCAGCAGUGCUUGGGAGGGUCAGCUGACCAGCAUGGUCCUAUCAGAAUAUGCCUCAACAGAGAUGAGCAUCCAUGCCCUCUACAUGCAUGAGAUGCAUAAGCAGCAGUCGCGUGGAGAGCUCUCACGCCACACAUGGCACCGACAGGAAAGUGAUGAGAGCAGUGAAAGCGUCCAUGACGAUGUGGAGGCCAUCCGGAACCUCCCUCGCUCCAACACUUUCCCUUUUGCCACAACUCCCAACCAGGAGGGGGCAGCACUCCAGAGCAGCAGCCAGCGCCGCUACGGGGGAACUACAGACUCUCUUUGUGGAGGCCCUCGGUUUCAGCGGACCGCUCGGAUGCCAAUGGGUGGGUGGUCAGAGGAAUCCCAAACGGGUCGGCACCAUGAACCCGUACCAGAGGAGGGCGCUGAAGAUGAGCUGCCUCCACACAUCCAUAAGGUGACAUAAUGGAUGAACUCUCGGAAAUGUACCUGUGGAGAACUCACAACAAGAAUCUACUUCAAAGAGUUAGGAAACGUAUUUAUUCAUUCUUGACAGCACUGACAUUUAAGCAGCUUGCUACCCUGCAACAUCAACAGCUCUGACAAAAGAAAUGACUGCUGGAGAAUUUUACAGGAGGAUGGAAUGGGUUCUCAAAUUCUUCAUAAUCAUAAUCAUCAUCUUUUCAUUAAGCAAAGAUAUACUAGAGUUUUGAGGUACAGGUAAUGUGUUGUGAGGCUGUAAUAAUUAUCUGGAAUCAGUUGGAUUAUAAUGUUUUAUACAUAUUUUUUGCUUGUAUAAUUCUAAUUCAGUUAAGAAUAGAGAUUUAUUUAGAUGGGAAAAGGGAAAAAUAUAGAUUUGUAUAAACUUUGACCAAGGAUGCGCUCAAAAUGGAUUCAUUAAGUGGUCAUUUUCAGUUCUGUCCAUUAUAGAAAGUAAUACAUCCAGAAGGGGAAAGUGGCAGUUUCUGCACAGUUCAGAGGAUCAGAUUUAAACUGAGAUGUAGAUUUAAAGUGGUUGGUGUGAAACGUUGUUCUGCAUAACACUCAGUUGUGGUCGAAGGAACCAGCGGUUUCAAUGUCUUCAGUGUAAAUAUAACCCUUUAAUUUACCAUCCAAAAUGACUAGUGAACCUAAAUAGGGGGAGUUUCCUAGACAAUAAUUUAGCCAAUUUUUGGAAUGUAUAGUCCUUAGCCCUAUCCGUAUCCUAUGCCCUAUUAGUUUCUCAGGGGGGCGUCUGUGAAAAAUAUUUCACACUUUUACAUCCAGACUGCAGUUGAAAAAAAAAACAGGAGGCUCAGUGAGUUUUUGGCUUUCUUGGUCCCAUGACAUCGCGUUCAGUAGCUGUUUAUGUGGAUCUCUGUGGAAACGUGCGCCCAAAGUGUAAUUACGAUGCGCGGCCGUGGACAAAUAGCUGUUUUAUUAAACGCAAGGAGACAAAACUCAGAGAUGUGAGUCCGGACAGGAGUAAAAUUACCGAAGGAUCACAGAGUUUAGCAACAAACAAUAGGUAAUUCAGCCUCAUUUUCUCAGAGGACGUCUGACAAAAACACAUACAUGCUCAUUCCGAAUGGGAAUCAAAUCACAGAGGACCCCCUAUAAAUGAGAAAAUUACCCCAGGACCCCCUGAGAAACGAGUCCUGUCCAGAUAGGCUUAAUUAAUGCCUGUCGGGAAAUUCAAUCAAAUUGCAAUUAAGUAUUAAAACAUUUUGGAGCAUUUCGAUCGGUUCAUUCAUUAGGAUUUUUGACACGCAAGCAAGUGAAACUAUGUAAAAAGAAAAUAAUAAUAAUACAGCUAAAGCUAAAUUUAAAAAAGCAGGAUUUUUGUGUUGAAAAAAGUUAAAUACAUUGGUAAAUUUGAUAAAUUUACAAUUUAUAUCGCAAUGUAUUUCAUAAUUUCAUCCAUUGUGAGGAACACAAUGUACCUACAAACUUCUGAAAACUGUAUUUGCUCCGUAAUAUACCCAAGUCGUUAUAAAGGAUGCAGUAAAU